AUGGAGCCAAGACCGAGCCUCGUCGCCUUCCUCCAACGGUAUCAGGAUCUCGCCACUUACCAAGACUCGCACAUCAAUUUGAUCAAGGAUCUCUUGGUCUAUGCCGAGUCGAUAGAGUCAACCCUCCGAGCUGAAAAUACGGAACUGGCCCAGAGAGUGCAUGAACGAAACUUAGACUACGAAGAUGCUACUCGAUCCAGGCGCGAGCUACAGCAACGCAUUCACGCCCUCGAAACGCAACUUGAAACGUCCAUCUUGACCAACGAACAAAUAAAAAAUUCCAACUCCUAUGUCGUCGUGUUGAUAGACGGGGAUGGGCUCAUUUUCAAACCGGAGCUGAUCCAACAGGGUCUUGCUGGGGGCAAAAAGGCUGCUUACGCCUUGAGAUCAGCAAUUUUGGGCCAAUGCGGCCCUCACGGCAAUGAAAUUGGAGUUCUCGCACAGGUCUACCUCAAUCUCGCCGGCCUUAGCAAGGCGAUGCGCCGAGAUGGCUGUCUGGAGAAUGAGAGCAACCUCAAAGAUUUCACGCUCGGCUUCACACAGGCCAAGGCCACUUUUGACUUUGUCGAUGUCGGCCACGGCAAAGAAAGAGCCGAUAACAAGAUCAAGGAAAUGACAAAAUGGCAUCUCAGGAACCACAACUGCAAGCAAGUUAUACUGGGCAUAUCACACGAUGCAGGGUAUGCCCCGUUUCUCGACGAGUUGUUCCAAGAGGAUAGUGUUCAGCACCAGAUCACCAUCUUGGAAGGCGUACCUGUGGUGCGUGAGCUGAGGGCCAUCGGCGCAAAUAUACUGAAUUUGAACAGCAUCCUGUUUCGGUCUGAAAAGCUUGUUGAUAGGGUGUCAGAGUCGGCUAGCUCUGAGUCGUUCGGCUCACCUUUCACGCCUGUUCCUGCCACCCCGGUUGUUGAACACAACAAGCCUGCCACACCAACUAUCGAGAUGAAACCGGUCAUGCCGGCUGUCCCCGCCAUCUCUGCUGUUCCCGCCUUCCCUGUUACUGUACCGACACCUCCUGUCGUCAGGGCCACAGCAACGACCAGUAACAGUGUCGCAAGUAUCGACAGUAUAGGCAGCUCCGAGCCACAGACACCAUCUUCGGCAUCGGCGGCUUCAACGUCAACUCCGGCAGCCACAACUUAUGCUAAAGCCAUCAAGAGUGCCACCCCUCCACCGCCUCCACCGGUGAUCAAAUUGCCUGCCCAUACCAAGGCGGCUUUGCAGCAGCAGCCGUCUUCCCGGGCCUCUCACAAAACCCCAAACAAGCCAAAGCCAGUUCCUUGGAACCCAGGACCUCGCGGUCUUGAUCCCCCUCUUCAGGUCUCGCAGUCUGCGCUGGACAACCUCAAGAAGAGGAAAGACAGCAACAAGCUAUGCAACAAUCAUUACCUCCGCGGCCCCUGUUCCAAGGGCGAUUCAUGCAACUUCGAACACAAUUACAAGCCCACCAAAGAGGAGUUGGUGGCCAUUGCGUUCCUGACAAGGCUGAACCCGUGCUCCGGGGGCCAAGAGUGCGAUGUGGACGAUUGCAUCUAUGGCCAUCACUGCCCAAGCGUUAUCAACGGCGCCUGCACACAUCCUUAUUGCAAGUUCGACAAGGAGGAUCACCCCCCUGGAACGAAGAUUAAGGCUCAUCACAAGGGGAGCCAUGAUCGCUAGGUUAGCACAUGGGUCCCAAAAACCAGGGUGCAAAUCGAACACCAACACUACUCACUUAACGGCAAGAUAACCGCCUUUCUCUUGCCCCGAAAAAUCAACAAAAAACUGUCCAGUACUCCAAGGCCGUGAGGAGUCUAUGUUCCAAAUGGAAUUCAACAGACAUCAAGACUGUUGGUAGUAUGGCUGUUUGAAGUGGUGUGACCACAGCUGUUUUUUGUCACUUGCUUUCUGGGACCUACGUGGUUAGGUUCACGUGCACUCGUGGGCGCUUGAUUGAGUUCUUUAUAAAGUAAACUGCAAGAAUGUGUGUGGAUAGGGUGCCUCUAGACGUGUACUUUGGUUCUGUGUGAACAUUUCCAUGAGAAUAAUUACUACACUCUUAGAAACCGAAAAUACCUGUUUG